AUUUUUUAUUUUGACACUUGUAAGAUAAUCUUUUUGUGCUCCAACACGCAAGAAAUUUUUGCGAGUCUUAAAUUUUUUUGGUGUAAAAUUUAAUACGUAAAAUAAAACGAUUCCAUCAUGAAAAUCAUCUACAAUACUUUGUUCAAAAGAACUUCCACCUAUGCUGUAGCUAUUAUGGGCUCAGUAUUCUUCUUUGAACGCGCAUUUGAUGUUCUUUCCGAGCAAGUAUUCUUGUCUGCCAACAAAGGCAAACUCUGGAAUGACAUCAAACACAAAUACGAAUAAAUUUAGUUAAUUAUUGUAUUAAGUUUAAUAAAAUGUGCAAAAAAUUAAAAAUACACCAGAAAUAAAUUUCGAAACAAAUUUAUUAAAACAAAAA